UCAGCAAAGAAAAGGGGCGGUCCGGCCAGGGGAGGGGAGAAUGCCACCGCCUGAGGAAUGUCAACUAUUCAACAUGGAGACGGCGGUUACUACGCUCGAGACCAUGUUCCAGAAGGCCGAAUCUGAUCUGGAUUACAUCCAGACAACGUUGGAGUUUGAAAUGAUGAAACGGCUCCCUAACGGACUCGCCCAAGAGGAAAAUCAUCUGGUCAUGAUACAGCAGCUGUCGGUAGUGAAGUUGCGUUUCAAAACCUUGUGCGAACAGCUGCAGAAGAUUUCCGCGGAGCGGCGAGAGUCCAUACGUUCUAUCCGGGCCACUUUGGCGAAAACAGUGAAGUUGGUCCAGGAAAUUCAGCAACACGCCGGUACAGAGAUCUCUUCUCUGACUGAAGAACAGCAGCUUGCGAUGCAGCACUUACUGUACCAGACUCCUGAAGUGAUAGAAAGUUUGACAGAACAGAAUUGUCCAAAAGAACAUUAAAUCCACGGAUACUUCGCUGAACAUUUCAGAAAGAAACUUCCCAGCGGGAGGUGAUGAACGAGGCCACGUAUCUUUUCGUGUAUAUAUAUAUUUUUUUACCGGUUGGGAAAUUGUUCCUAUGUUUGGUACCCAGGUUCCCCAGACACCAUUAGAUGAACAAGGGUGUAAAAAGGUUUUGAAUUAUGUGCUGUUUCGAUAUUGUAUCUUUAGUCAAAGGGGAAAAAGUUUACAAAACGAUCAGCCGGUUUACAUGAUCUGAAUGCUCUGCCCAAAGGGCAGGUUUUGUGUUUUUGUUUUUUUUUGCUUGUAUUAUUGGUGUAAGCAAGCCUUGCCCUUCUAGUAUUUACACGUGACUCAGGGUAACUUUCAAUAAUUAUGAUUAAUUUCUGACCUAGCUGAACAUUCCGGAAAAAUAAAAUAAAAUAAAAUAAAAUAA